AUUAUUAUUUUAUGAGGCCCACGGAAAAUCCCAGCAGGCAUCUUCUCUGUUGUGUGUUUUCAGUUAUUCCUGUUUAGCUAUCCGGUACGUUGUCGUUUCAGCUGAUAACAGAGAUCGUACUGGUCAUUCGUCCCUCGCAAAACCCUCAAGUUACCUGCAAUUCUGCAAAGCACUCAUUUACGAAUCUUUUUACAAUAAACGCCAACUUAAUCGAGUUAAAUCAGUCCAAGUCAAGAUGGACACACAUUCCUCUCACCUUACUGUGCAGAAUCGCUCGCGGAACUCACAAUCACAAACCCCGUCCCCGUCCCACUCGGCCUCCGCAUCCGCCACGUCGUCGAUUCACAAGCGCAAACUAGCAGCGACAGCCGCGGCGGCCGCGUCUGAGGACCAUGGACCGCCUACAUUCCCUUCUUCCUUUUCUGCCGACACUCGCGACGGUGCCUUGACGUCCAAUGACGACCUUGAGAGCAUCUCCGCCCGCGGCGCCGACUCCGACGCUGACGACUCAGAGGACGCGGUGGUUGACGAUGAUGAGGACGAGUUCGACAACGACAAUGAGUCUUCCAUGCGAACCUUCACCGCCGCUCGGCUGGAGAACAAUAACUCAGUUGGCUCCGCGCGGAACACGAAGCUGAAGACAGAGCCUGUGACGGUUAAACUUGAGAAUCCGGAUGGCGGGAAGGAAACUGGUCCCAUAGGGAGUGCUGUCUUGGGGUCGACUGGUGGGGCUGGAAGUUCGGUGACGGGAAUUGUGGUUAAAGAAGAUUCAGUUAAAAUAUUUACAGAGAAUAUACAAGCUAGUGGGGCUUAUAGUGCUCGAGAAGAGAGCUUAAAGCGAGAGGAAGAAGCUGGAAGGCUCAAGUUUGUGUGCCUUGGGAACGAUGGUGUUGAUGAUCAUAUGGUUUGGUUAAUAGGGCUAAAGAAUAUCUUUGCGAGGCAGCUACCUAACAUGCCUAAGGAGUACAUUGUCCGACUUGUGAUGGAUAGAAGCCACAAGUCGGUUAUGGUUAUCAGAAAUAAUCAGGUUGUUGGUGGCAUAACAUAUCGCCCAUAUGCCAGCCAAAGGUUUGGGGAGAUAGCUUUUUGUGCAAUUACAGCUGAUGAACAAGUAAAAGGUUAUGGCACCAGAUUGAUGAACCAUUUAAAGCAGCAUGCACGUGAUAUUGAUGGGCUAACACAUUUUCUAACAUAUGCUGAUAAUAAUGCUGUUGGUUAUUUUAUUAAACAGGGUUUUACCAAAGAGAUUUACUUGGAGAAGGACCGAUGGCAAGGGUAUAUAAAGGAUUAUGAUGGAGGAAUCCUUAUGGAAUGUAAAAUUGAUCCAAAGCUGCCAUACACUGAUCUAUCGACCAUGAUCCGCCGUCAAAGGCAGGCAAUUGAUGAGAAGAUAAGAGAGCUCUCAAAUUGCCAUAUUGUCUACCAAGGAAUUGAUUUUCAGAAGGUACAUGGCAUCUUUAAGAAUAUGCUAUUAAUUUAUUGGAUGACAGUGAAUUUAUUUAAAGAAGCUGGUAUCCCUAAAAAAAUAAUCAAAGUUGAGGAUGUUCCUGGUUUGAGGGAAGCUGGGUGGACUCCUGAUCAAUGGGGUCAUUCACGAUUUAGAACAAGUGCUUCCACUGACAGUACAUCAAGUCAAAAAUUUUUAACUGCAUUCAUGCGCUCACUUCUGAAGUUUCUGCAGUCAAUGCAUGACCAUGUUGAUGCUUGGCCAUUCAAGGAGCCGGUUGAUGCCCGUGAUGUUCCUGAUUAUUAUGACAUCAUUAAAGAUCCCAUGGAUCUAAGGACAAUGUCAAAAAGAGUAGAAUCAGAACAAUAUUAUGUCACAUUUGAGAUGUUUAUGGCCGAUGUCAAGAGGAUGUUUCACAAUGCUCGCACUUAUAAUUCCCCUGACACCAUCUACUAUAAAUGUUCAAUGAGGCUGGAAGCACACUUUCAAAGCAAAGUUCAAUCAGGUCUGCAAUCUGGCACCAAAAUUCAGCAGUAAACUAGUGGAAGACACAGCGGAUUAUACAUUUUCAAGAAGAUCCAUUUAUCAGUUCUGAUGUAUCAUAUUUCUGGCCAUGAUGAAUACGGUGUAAAUUUUUCCUUUAUAACACAUGAAAUCGUUCUGUUAGCCAUUGGAUCAGAUUUGGAUAUUACAUCAUUUCAUUUGAACUUUGAAUA